AUGGCACAACCUCGACACUCCUGCCCUUCAAUGAAUCCGAACGCUAUGAUCUUAAGUCCAUCGCUGAACCGAGAGUCCGCCCGAGCAUCUGAGGUUGUCGCCAUAGUACCACUGGUGCCUGCCGCAACGCAGCUGCCGUCACAAGAUCGACUCGCAGUUCGCAAUCCUAAUCUGUCGUCCGAGCGACUGUUGUUGCCCAGUAGUCGACCACCUCAAUGCCUGUCGUCUAACAUGGACUCCGCUUCACGCUAUCGAAAUCUCGUCAACGAUCUCGCUGACGCCUCCGCAUCUCUCGCGUCUCCAGACGCCGACAACCCUCCACCGCCAUACACAAGUCUGACAACCGACGACAACAUCCGCCACGCCCUCGAGACCUGGAAUAGAGUCAAAGCCAGCGGCAAGAUCAACAAACACGAUACCUCUCUAAUCUCUGCGGAGCCCGCCUCGGAUCAGGUUGCCAUGAUCAAGGUCACCCUCGUCUUCGAUCCAGUACAGGCAAAUCCGCUCGAUGCUGCCACUGAUGGACGCAAAACGCUCUACAUGUCUCGAGCGCAGCUCCAGCUGGUGCUAGGACCCAUCACUACCAAGGCUAAACUCGCAGAGAUCCGCCGAGGCGACGUCGUCCUCGAAGACGUCCUACCAACCACAUUCAACGCGAUCGCUCAAUGGCUGAAUGGCAAGGCUAUCCUACACACCAUCCCUGCAGCCGUCAGAAACAAGACAUUGCGCGAGCUCGUUUACAUCUACAUCCUGGCGGCCAGACUUGGUCAUAGAGCUAUCGUCCAUGAUUGCGUCAACAAUAUGCCACGCGUUGAUUCACCAUUCGAAUUUCUUGAGACGUGCGCUCUGGUCUACAAGCGUGGAUGUGCUGGCGUGGCAUUCCGGAACUUCUUCAGGAAGAACCUGCCUAUCAUUCUCGAGACGACGUCAUUCGACCACACAGAUCGUGUUGGAGCACUUUUGCAGGAGUCGUCGGAAUUGGCCACGGAUUUUGCGGAGACGAUGGUCGGCGUGAUGCGUCAGGCGCGCGAACCAGUCGAGAUGCUUCCACAGAGCACAGAACCUUUCCCAUCUCUAUCCCACGGUACACCACACCAGACGCAGAACACGGCAGAGCCCUGUUCGUGUGGCUUGCAUGACUGCACCUGCACGUUCGAGACCGCCAGCAUCGUCCGUCCGUUUGACACACAGAACAUUCCUAGACGAUCUGGCUACGUUGAGACUGCUCCACCGAGUGAUAUGGGAGAUAGCAGUGGUUGGGACGGUCCGGUGCCUUGGGUCCAACGUGACGAUAGUGCUGGCUGGGACUACCUGCAUCGACCAGUGCCAUCCGGAUCUGCUAUCCCUGGUCCUCCACUGAGCAACGACGACGCUGAAGACUGGCAACCCAUCCGACCUCGAAACUGGAGCAGCGCUCAUAUUGGACACAACUCAAAUUGGGCGGAUGUGGCUGGCGAGGAAGAAUCUCUGAUUAGUGGGUGGGAUGAGGGAGUUGAGCCGCCUGCACCGAAUUGGACGCCUGCUUCGAAUCAGUGGCAAGACUCACGCUCAAGCAGGCCUCGAUCUCGGCCAGAAUCUGGAGCACUCAUACCGGCAGAUGGACUUGCGAAGCACGCUGCGGAUCUUGAAGCUCGACUUCGUAAUGUCGAGCAGCAGCUCAACAGAGCCAGUCAUCGUCCAACCGCCGCCAACCCCAACAGGGUGGGCUCUGGCGAGUUGGCGCGCAAAGGCGAUUCGGGCUCAAGCAAUACUACAAAGAAGCCUUUGGCCACCUCGAAUAUGCCACCGGCACCACUUCUUCAUCCAGGCGUGCCGCCUGUCGGCAUGCCAAAUUAUGUGCCAGGCUAUGGCUACAACCGCUACGUUCAAAUUGGCAAUGGCGUCGUGCACCCCACGGGACCCGGUCCGUAUGGUCUCGCUGGGCGCUCAAUGGUCGCUGUUCGCGACUCUGAUUUCCUCAAUUGCACGCUCAGCUUCAGAGCCGGCGAGCUCAUCGAGUGUGUAGUGCCGUGUGAGGAAGGCCGCUCAACCACCCAACACCAGCCGUGGAACCAUACUGGUCAGCGUAUGCAAGGCAUUUGCCGGACCCAAGCUGGUUCGUUCCCUGCUGAGUACGUUCGAGAGGCGCACGGCGCUGCUGUCCCUGGUGCCGGCGUGCCACAUGGUAUGUUUCGACCCCAGGCGGCCUCUGCAGGUCCCAAAGUUGCUACCCCAAUCAACGCAGGGCUGACAACGAGCAAUACCGCUCCUGCAAACGCUAAGACACCGGCUGUUACACCCACACAAACCACCGCUGCAAACGUCGACCACGAAUGGCUCCAGAAGGCAAGUCCCAGUGAAAGCAUGCAAACACAGCCAGCACCUCAGGGCCGCCCAGGCAGACUGCGUAGAAGCUCUACAAAUACGGCAGCCACUCGCCGCAAGCACCUCCCAGGUUGUACCUCCGAGCUGGCACCAUGGGCGAGUUGCAAUUGCCCUGUGGUCACUCAAGCACAGCAGCCGCACUGGCAAUCCACUCCGCGAUAUGAUAACGUUGGCAGUUGGGAUACGGAGGACGACGGGAAUGCUUCGAUUUCUGACUUCGGAGGCCUCCCGGCCGGUACGAAGCGGUGA